CACACUUUAUUUUAUUACAUUUUAUUUGUCGUAAACAUGCAAAAACAAUCAUACAAAUACAUCAUUUAAGAGCUUGAUGGUUAUCACGCUGCAAAUUAAGCUCCCUUCACUUUGACCCCUUUCCCAGACUGAGAGGUCGGGAUUAGGUGAAAAAACUGCUUUCAUCCCGAGAAAUAUUCCAGGAAUGCUCAUUUUGUCCAGGAGCUGUGAGGCUUUUGGCCGCCGCAAGGGGGCGCUGUUUCCCUCCCGCAGAGCCAGGUUGCUAAGGUAAGAGUCCCGGCGGCGAGGGCAAGCAAACAGUGCAGCCUGAGAACAAUCCAGGAGGGCAAAGUGCACCCUCGACAGGGACAAGUAUUAUUUCUUCGCAUAUUGUCGCACUGGACUGUUUGUAACUUCACUCUCUUCUGUUCCGCCACACUGACUUUUAUAUUGGACUUUGCACAAAGGAGCAUCUGUACAGGUCAGGGCGGAAGUAACAUGGAGUCAUUUCCUCCUUUUUGCUGCCUACCUGAGAGCAGCCGCGCUUGAGGUGGCGUCCGGGAAAUGGACACAAUUUGAUGCGCACCAGACCCGGUCUAGGACCUGACCUGGUUCUAGGCAUGGCCGUGAGUCCGACCACACCUGGCGUCGUCAUGCCGGCAAGUCUUUUCCUUCUGAUGCUGCUGACCACCGAUCCUGUGUGGGGAAGUUCUGACAUUGUGUCCAGAGACUUCAGAUCCUACAAUGCUACUGGCCCCGACAUCGCUGCCAUCGUGGCCCCCACGGUCACGCUGGGCCUGCUGGCCGUGGUCAUGGCGGCGGUGGCGUGGCUGCUGUGCGUGGUGAAGAAGAAGCGUCAGACGGAGGGCACGUACAGACCCAGCGCCGAGGAACAAAGCGGCACUCGAAGCUCGGCCGCCACGGACGUGCUGAAGUUACCCAAGGAGGAGAGACUCAUUUGACAUUGACCUUUGACCCCUCCCCCCCGACAACGGCAUCAAAAAGGAGACGUGUUUGUUUACUGGCAUCCUCCAGCAGAUUCACUUUGUCAGUAUUUAAUAACUUGCUUUGGUCAGGUUAUGUUGGAAGUUAUGAACCCCAAAAGCAGUCAAGUUGUCACUUUGUGGAAAUGCUAAAUAAAAAGAGAAUACAACAAACUUCUAUUCAAUUGAAUAGACUGCAAAGACACCAUAUUUAACGUUCGAACAGGAAAACUUUAUUUUUCGCAUAUAUUAGCUCAUUUGGAAUGUGAUGCCUGCAACAUGUUUCAAAAAAAGCUGACACAAGUGGCAAAAAAGACUGAGAAAGUUGAGGAAUGCUCAUCAAAGACUUCUUUGGAACGAGCAAUUGCAAGGAAUUUAGGGAUUUCAUCAAAAGGUUCAGAGAAUCUGGAGAAAUCACUGCACGUAAGCGGCAAGGCCGAAAACCAACAUUGAAUGCCCGUGACCUUGGAUCCCUCAGGCGGUGCUGCAUCAAAAAGCCACAUCGGAAUGUAAAGGAUAUCACCACAUGGGCUCUCAGGAACACUCCAGAAAACCACUGUCAGUAACUACAGUUGGUCGCUACAUCUGUAAGCGCAAGUUAAAACUCUACUAUGCAAACUCUAAGCCAUUUAUCAACAACACCCGCUCGCUGGACCCGAGCUCGUCUAAGAUGGACUGAUGCAAAGUGGAAAAAGUGUUCUGUGGUCUGACGAGUCCACAUUUCUAAUUGUUCUUGGAAACUGUGGACCAAAGAGGAAAAGAACCAUGGGGACUGUUCUAGGGUGAAAGUGUAAAAGGAAGCAUGUGUGAUGGUAUGGGGGUGUAUUAGUGCCCAAGACAUGGGUAACUUACACAUCUGUGAAGGCACCAUUAAUGCUGAAAGGUACAUACAGCUUUUGGAGCAACAUAUGUUGCCAUCCAAGCAACGUUACCAUGGACGCCCCUGCUUAUUUCAGCAAGACCAUGCCAAGCCACGUGUUCCAACAGCGUAGUGUGUGUGUACUAGACUGGCCUGCCUGUAGUCCAGACAUUGAAAAUGUGUGAAGGCUAAAAUAUGAGAAGGGAGACUGUUGAACAAACUUCUAUUCAAUUGAAUAGACUGCAAAGACACGAUAUUUAACGUUCGAACAGGAAAACUUUGUUAUCUUUCGCAUGUAUUAGCUCAUUUGGAAUGUGAUGCCUGCAACAUGUUUCAAAAAAAGCUGGCACAAGUGGCAAAAAAGACUGAGAAAGUUGAGGAAUGCUCAUCAAAGACUUCUUUGGAACGAGCAAUUGCAAGGAAUUGAGGGAUUUCACCAUCUACGCUCCGUAAUAUCAUCAAAAGGUUCAGAGAAUCCGGAGAAAUCACUGCACGUAAGCGGCAAGGCCGAAAACCACAAAAAAGCAUCAAAAAGCCACAUCGGAAUGUAAAGGAUAUCACCACAUGGGCUCAGGAACACUUCAGAAAACCACUGUCAGUAACUACAGUUGGUCGCUACAUCUGUAAGUGCAAGUUAAAAGUCUACUAUGCAAACUCUUUAAGUUAUUUAUCAACAACACCCAGAAACUCUGCCGGCUUCGCUGGGCCCGAGCUCGUCUAAGAUGGACUGAUGCAAAGUGGAAAAAGUGUUCUGUGGUCUGACGAGUCCACAUUUCUAAUUUGUUCUUGGAAACUGUGGACCAAAGAGGAAAAGAACCAUCCGGAUUGUUAUAGGCGCAAAGUGUAAAAGGCAGCAUGUGUGAUGGUAUGGGGGUGUAUUAGUGGCCAAGACAUGGGUAACUUACACAUCUGUGAAGGCACCAUUAAUGCUGAAAGGUACAUACAGCUUUUGGAGCAACAUAUGUUGCCAUCCAAGCAACGUUACCAUGGACGCCCCUGCUUAUUUCAGCAAGACCAUGCCAAGCCACGUGUUCCAACAGCGUAGUGUGUGUGUACUAGACUGGCCUGCCUGUAGUCCAGACAUUGAAAAUGUGUGAAGGCUAAAAUAUGAGAAGGGAGACUGUUGAACAAACUUAUAUUCAAUUGAAUAGACUGCAAAGACAAGAUAUUUAACGUUCGAACAGGAAAACUUUGUUAUUUUUUCGCAUGUAUUAGCUCCUUUGGAAUUUGAUGCCUGCAACAUGUUUCAAAAAAAGCUGACACAAGUGGCAAAAAAGACUGAGAAAGUUGAGGAAUGCUCAUCAAAGACUUCUUUGGAACGAGCAAUUGCAAGGAAUUUAGGGAUUUCACCAUCUGCGCUCCGUAAUAUCAUCAAAAGGUUCAGAGAAUCCGGGGAAAUCACUGCACGUAAGCGGCAAGGCCGAAAACCACAAAAAAGCAUCAAAAAGCCACAUCGGAAUGUAAAGGAUAUCACCACAUGGGCUCUCAGGAACACUCCAGAAAACCACUGUCAGUAACUACAGUUGGUCGCUACAUCUGUAAGUGCAAGUUAAAACUCUACUAUGCAAACUCUUUAAGUUAUUUAUCAACAACACCCAGAAACUCUGCCGGCUUCGCUGGGCCCGAGCUCGUCUAAGAUGGACUGAUGCAAAGUGGAAAAAGUGUUCUGUGGUCUGACGAGUCCACAUUUCUAAUUUGUUCUUGGAAACUGUGGACCAAAGAGGAAAAGAACCAUGGGGACUGUUCUAGGGUGAAAGUGUAAAAGGAAGCAUGUGUGAUGGUAUGGGGGUGUAUUAGUGCCCAAAACAUGGAUAACUUACACAUCUGUGAAGGCACCAUUAAUGCUGAAAGGUACAUACAGGUUUUGGAGCAACAUAUGUUGCCAUCCAAGCAACGUUACCAUGGACGCCCCUGCUUAUUUCAGCAAGACCAUGCCAAGCCACGUGUUCCAACAGCGUAGUGUGUGUGUACUAGACUGGCCUGCCUGUAGUCCAGACAUUGAAAAUGUGUGAAGGCUAAAAUAUGAGAAGGGAGACUGUUGAACAACUUAAAAGCUGUACAUCAAGCAAGAAUCAACCUUUACUGAGUGUUGUUAAAAGGAAAGGCCAUGUAACACACUGGUAAAAAUGCCUUUUUUUUGCCAUUCAAUUCUAAGUUGAUGAUUAUUUAGUUUCUGAGUGUGAACAUGAAAUAUCUUGUCUUUGCAGUCUAUUCAAUUGAAUAUAAGUUGAAAAGGAUUUGUUGUAUUCUCUU